AAAACCUCAGAUCUUUCUUGGCAAGUGUAGGAAUUCAGUCUUUUUUGCGAACACAUCCUGUAUGUAUAGUUCUUUUCAAUGAAGUAGGGUACAAGAGCCACGUCCUCAACAGCUGUCACGUGCUUGUGUUUGUGAUUUUGGCGGUAAAAUAGGUUAUGUUUUGAUUUUGUGCAUAUUCCAUUUAUUAGGUGUUAAACAUUUUUAAAUAUUAUUUAUAUCCAAAAUGGAACGAAGACCUUUUAUGACAUAGUUUUAUCAAAUUUACCGUUAUAGAUAAUAAUUUUUAAUCAACAAUGGAAGACUCUUCCAACGUUCUCUUUGAAGAAUCAAACUCCAUCAAAAAUAAGGAAAAAAGGAAAUUGAAGCUAUCACUAAACUCUAAUAUCGUUAAACUGAGUAAACCCAAGGAACUUACAGCUCAAACGACUUUAGUCUCAUUUUUUCAGAAAAAGAGUAACGGUUUAGACUCUGAUAAGGAUCCUAAAAUGUGUGAGGGACAAAAAAAAGGAAAAAAGAAGAAGAAACAUAAAGAAACGGGUCUUCAAACUCAGCACUGUGAUCUUGAUUUAGACGACAGAAAGGUCCGAUUUUCAAAUGAUAUUGUAGAGAUAUCUCCUGAACCUGCAAAGAAACAGCCCAUCUCAGACGAUGACGAAAACUGUGUUAAAAAGAUUAAUGCCUUCACGUUUAUGAUGGACAGCCGUAAUAAAAGUAUAGGGCAGAACUCUCCUGGUAAAGAAAUCAAGCACGGCGAGGAUUCGGUCGAGAUUGUAAGCGAAAACAAAAAGAAGCUGCUCACACGCAAGUUACUCUUUGAAGAGUGGGCCGACCGUAAGGGGGCUAAGAAGCGUAAAAUGGAAUACGUCGAGAAGGGGUUUAUUAUCGAGGAGAAGUUAAGUACCCGCGCCAAACGUUUAAAGAAACUUUUAAACGUCAAUAAGGAAGACUUGGAUGUUGUGAAACCGAAGGCCUCGAGACUCUCGUUGAAGAAAAGUAAACAGGAGAAUGGAAGUCGAUACGACGCAUUGCCGCAGCAAACGAAGUGGAAAAUGAAGUUGAAAGUUGUCCUGGAUCAUACGGACGAAGAGUCGGACGAUGUGAUCGAUUUGCGUGGUAAAAGCAGAAAGUGUAAGAAAGCGAUACAGGUUAGCUCCGAUUCCGGUUCGGAUGAUGGAAUAAAAAUGUUAUCGUCCGAUGAACGGGUGAUGCCUAAAAAAGACCUUUUAAAACAACAGGGGAAUGAUAAUGUGAAUCUUGCGCCGUUGUUUACAGUAGCGCAAAGGAAAAAGGCUGACAAAGUGGUUGCGGAAGCACGAAAACAGUUCUUGCACAGUUCAAUGCCGGAUUCUGUUAAGAAGGUAGUGGAAAAACAACAGAAGCAGGAGACUCCCGACUACGUAGUAUUUCCAAUGGUCAGUCACAUAAGGGUGCAGCCCCACGAGUACCAGUUCGUCAACUCGUCUCCCAGCAACUUGUGCUUCACUCCUUUGGAUUCCAGAAUUCCGCAGAUUGGCACAUUGACGAAAGGAUGCGCUACAAAUUUGAACGAUGCAGCCCCGAUGAGCGCGAGUAUGGAAAAGGUCGAGGAAGUAAGAUCGUUUAAAUCCAUUUUAGAAGACCUCAAAGCUCGCCAUCCCGACUAUCCCAUUUACCGAACAUUCAAAGCCCUUUAUACGAAACACCUGGCGAGCAGAACGGCCGAACCUGCUUCGGCAAAGAAAUCGAAAAAAAGUCGAUCGAAAAGGAAGGACGCUAAAUGCAACAGUCGAACUCAGACGUGGACGGAAGUGUACAGGCCCGUUCGGUCGGACGAUAUUUUGGGUAACGGCGCGGCGAUUGAGAAGCUGAAAGCUUGGCUGCAGUUGUGGUUGGAGGUAAAUUGGACGACUAGGGUUUCAAAUCGGAGAGGAUCUAAUAGCAGCUCGGACUUUGAGGGCGAGGACGACGAGGAUAGUAGGAACGAUUGUUCGUCACUGGAAAGCACCUAUAUUUUCGUCGGGCCGUGUGGUUCCGGCAAAACGGCAGCCGUCUACGCCGUUUGUAACGAGUUAGACGUCAAUGUUUUGGAGAUUAAUGCUUCCAGUAAAAGAACUGGUAAAAAGUUGCUGGUAGAUCUUCAGGAGGCGACGCAAUCAUACCAAGUCCGAAAGCAAUCGGCCCUAUCCACUUUUGUGAAAAGUAACCUAAUCAGCGACGACACGGGCAAACUGGGAAAAAUGUGCUUGUUGCUCAUCGAAGAUGUCGAUUUGGUAUUCGAGCAGGACGACGGAUUUUUAAGUGCGCUCUCCCAACUGGUGGAUACUAGUAAGCGACCGAUCGUACUCACGACGACCGACACGAGCUGCCCUCAUCUUAGAAAGUUUCCCGUUGUCACCUUUUCGCCUUUGUUGCCAAGAAUGUUGACACCCUGGCUGCAACUGCUUUGUUUGGUUGAGGGCGCUCUAGUAGCGGAAGAUUCAGUUACCGAUCUUUUGGAACACAACAGAGGGGAUGUACGCAAGACAAUAUUGCAACUGCAAUUUUUGGUGGAAAGCGGUAGGGAAUUUACGCCGCACGUGGACGGUAUUGAUGAGAUUCUGCGUGAAGACGACAGUUCAAACCUUAAGCACACCAAACAAGAUUUUCAGCAGUUGCAAUUUUUUAAUGAUUCGCCUGUGAUUGAUUUAGAUCAUACUUGGUGGAGUACUCACAACAUUCUGGGAAUAGCACCACCUACGCGUAGAGCUGAAAGGGAAAUAACCGAAUCUACUCAUGAUGUAACAACCAUUAGCGAUUUCUUCGACACUCUCGCCCUCACUGAUGUUGUCUACGCGAAAUUUAACCUGAACGACUGCAAUAUUGGGCUGGUGAAUCAAACCACGCACAAAACAAUCGGGGACAGUCUGGAAUUGAACGAGUCAGGGGAACUUUAUACUAGCAAAGAUGCUUGCUGUGAGUGGCUAAAAGUGUUAUUGAACGCUUACACUAAAAAUGCAGAAAGACUACACGCAAACGGUUCAGCUGCCGAAAAACGGAGGCAGAAGAAAUUGAGCAUGUGCAAGGAAAACCUGCUUGAUGUUGUACCCCAAGUUAUUCAGUUGCAAAGUAACGCAGUUAGUCUUGAUUAUUUUGCAACGUUGCGCACAAUUUGCAGAUCUGAGAUUGUGCGCGCUGGUCACUCAAACAAACGAAAGAGCAGAUUUUAUAAUUAUUUACGUGGUUUAGGUUUACAAUGUAAUGAGAACUAUUUUCAAAUCAUGUCUAACAUAUUUCAAUCAGGAAAAUAGGGUCAAUUGUGUAUAAAAUGCUGUGAUUUUAAAUCGAUUUUAUUAUAAUGUA